AUGAUUCGUGGUCUGCUGAUCAACGCGUUGGCCGACAUCACCGGGUGCGUGGCGGCCGUGCUCGUGGGCCAGCCGCUAGACACGGUCAAGGUGAAGAUGCAGCUGUUCCCCAAAAAUUAUAGCGGCAUGUUUUCGUGCCUGAGGAAAACGGUGAAAACUCAACACGUCCGUGGUCUGUACGCGGGCACCGGGCCUGCGUUGAUGUCCUGCUGCGCCAACAACACUAUCCUGUUCGGCGCAUACAGUCGGUGCCAGCUGGCGAUCGCCUCGUUAAAGGGCUGCGGCGCAGAGGAUCUAAACUGGACGGAGAAUGCCGUAGCUGGUGGAGCCUCGUCGGUAUGCCGAACAGGGGGUUUCACAGCAGAGUUUCGUCUAAUACCGUCCCGGCCAAACCAUUCACUCGACCCGCACCCUUUAAACUGCUAUUCUAAAACACUUUAA